AACUGUAACACCGCGAGGGUCCGCGGCUUCAUUCUUGAAGUCAGGGAGACCAAGAACCCACCAAUUCCGGACACGACAUGUGCAUCAGAACAGACGUGAGGCCACCCGGAUCACCCCCGUGGUAGAGUGCUGGGAGGUGGCUGCCACGUCAUUUCGUCCCACUGCUCUCAGCGCUGUGGAGUUUGCCCUGAGGUUUUGCCUCAGGAUAGCAGAGUGGUGGGGGCCAGGCCCUGUCUGAGAACAUGUGACAAUGCUAAUUGAAUGCUGAGGGGGCCACGAACCUCAGAACUGUGGGAAUCUGGGAGUCUGGCCAGUCCCAGCUGACGUCAUAGCUGGAGGGUCUCCCUCACUUCCUCUUGCAGGUUCUCCAGGAACCAGGAGUUGAAGACCUGGGUGUGAGGGACACAUACAUCCUAAAAGCACCACAGCAGAGGAGGCCCAGGCACUGCCAGGAGUCAAGGUUCCCAGGAGACAAACCUCCUAGAAAGACAGGCGACCUGUGAGGCCCUAGAGCACACCUUAAGAGAAGAAGAGCUGUAAGCCGGCCUUUGUCAGAGCCAUCAUGGGGGACAAGCAGAUGCCUGCUGCUGGGAUGCCGAGUCUUCUCCAGAGUUCCGCUGAGAGUCGUCAGAGUCGUCCUGAGGGGGAGGACUCCCCGAGUCUUCUCCAGAGUCCUCCUGAGGGGGAGGCCACCCAGUCUCCUCUCCAGAUUCCUCAGAGUCCUCCUGAGGGCGACGACUCCCAGUCUCCUCUCCAGAAUCCUCAGAGUCCUCCUGAGGGCGAGGAAUCCCUGUCUCCUCUCCAGAUUUCUCAGAGCUCUCCUGAGGGUGAGGACGUCCAGUCUCCUCUCCAGAAUCCUGCGAGCUCCUUGUUCUCCUCCACUUUACUGAGUCUAUUCCAGAGUUCCCCUGAGAGUACUCAGAGUCCUUUUGAGGGUUUUCCCCAGUCUCCUCCCCAGAUUCCUGUGACCUCCUCCUUCACCUCCACUUUACUGAGUCUUUUCCAGAGUUCCCCUGAGAGUACUCAAAGUCCUUUUGAGGGUUUUCCCCAGUCUCCUCCCCAGAUUCCUGUGACCACCUCCUUCACCUCCACUUUAUUGAGUGUUUUCCAGAGUUCCCCUGAGAGUUCUCAAAGUACUUUUGAGGGUUUUCCCCAGUCUCCUCUCCAGAUUCCUGUGACCUCCUCCUUCUUCUCCUCCACUUUAUUGCGUGUUUUCCAGAGUUCCCCUGACAGUACUCAAAGUACUUUUGAGGGUUUUCCCCAGUCUCCUCUCCAGAUUCCUGUGACCUCCUCCUUCCCCUCCACUUUAUUGAGUUUGUUCCAGAGUUCCCCUGACAGUACUCAAAGUCCUUUUGAGGGUUUUCCCCAGUCUCCUCCCCAGAUUCCUGUGAGCUCCUCCUUCCCUUCCACUUUACUGAGUUUGUUCCAGAGUUCCCCUGACAGUACUCAAAGUACUUUUGAGGGUUUUCCCCAGUCUCCUCUCCAGAUUCCUCUGAGCUCCUCCUCCUCCUCCCCUUUACUGAGUCUUUUCCAGAGUUCCCCUGAGAGUACUCAAAGUACAUUUGAGGGUUUUGCCCAGUCUCCUCUCCAGAUUCCUCAGAGUCCUCCUGAGGGAGACAACUCCCAGUCUCCUCUCCAUAGUCCUCAGAGUUCUCCUGAGGGGGAGGACUCCCAGGCUCCUUUCCAGAGUCCUCCUGAGGGAGAGAACGCCCUUUCUCCUCUCCAGAUUCCUCAGAAUCCUGAGUGGGAGGACUGUCUGUCUCGUCUCCAGAUUCAUACGUGUCCUCCUGAUGGGGAGGACUUCCAGUCUCCUCUCCAGAUUCCUCAGAGUCCUCCUGAGUGGGAGGACUCCCUGUCUCCUCUCCACUUUCCUCAUAGGCCUCCUCAGGGGGAGGACUUCCAGUCUUCUCUCCAGAGGCCUGUAAACAUCUGCUCCUCCUCCACUUCAUUGAGUCUUCCCCAGAGUUUCCCUGAGAGUCCUCAGAGCCCUCCUGAGGGGCCUGCCCAGUCUCCUCUCUAUAGUCCUCUGAGCCUUCCUGAGGGGACGGAUUCCCAGUCUCCUCUCCAGAGACCUCAGGGUCCUCCUGAGGGGGAGGAUUCCCUGUCUCCUCUCUACAUUCCUCAGAGUCCUCCUGAGUGGGAGGACUCCCUGUCUCCUCUCCACUUUCCUCAUAGUCCUCCUCAGGGGGAGGACUUCCAGUCUUCUCUCCAGAGUCCUGUAAGCAUCUGCUCCCCCUCCACUUCAUUGAGUCUUCCCCAGAGUUUCCCUGAGAGUCCCCAGAGCCCUCCUGAGGGGCCUGCCCAGUCUCCUCUCUAUAGUCCUCAGAGCCUUCCUGAGGGGACGGACUCCCAGUCUCCUCUCCAGAGACCUCAGAGUCCUCCUGAAGGGGAGGAUUCCCUGUCUCCUCUCUACAUUCCUCAAUGUCCUCCUGACGAGGAGGACUCCCUGUCUUCUCUCCAGUUUCCUCAUAGUCCUCCUGUGAGGGAGGCCUCCCUGUCUCCUCUCGAGAUUCCUCCAUGUUCUCCUGACAGGGAAGAUCCCCAGUCUCCUCUCCAGACUCCUCAGAGUCCUCCUGAGUGGGAGGUCUCCUUGUCUCCUCUCCGCUUUCCUCACAGUCCUCCUCAGGGGGAGGACUCCCAGUCUUCUCUCCAGAGUCCUGUGAUUAUCUGCUCCUCCUCCACUUCACUGAGUCUUCCCCAGGAUUUCCCUGAGAGACCUCAGAGACCCCCUGAGGGGCCUGCUCAGUCUCCUCUCCAAAAACCUCUCAGGUCUUUCUCCUACACUUUAGCGAGUCUUCUGCAGAGUUCCCAUGGGAGUCCUCAGAGUCCGCCUGAGGGGCCUGCCCAGUCUCCACUCCAGAGACCUGUCAGCUCCUUCUCAUCCACUUCACUGAGUCUUUCCCAGAGUUCUCCUGAGAGUCCUCCUGAGGGUCCUGCGCAGCGUCCUCUUCAGAGUCCUGUGAGCUCUUCCUCCUCCACUUCAUUGAGUCUUUCCCAGAGUUCCCCUGAGAGUCCUCAGAGUCCUUCUGAGGGGCCUGCCCAGUCUCCUCUCCAGAGUGCUGUGAGCUCCUUCUCCUCCUCCACUUCCUUAAGCCCAGUCAGUGAAGAGUCCAGCAGCCCAGUAGAUGAAGAUACAAGCACCUCAGACACCUUGCUAGAGAGCGAGUCCUUGACAGACAGUGAGUCCUUGAUAGAGAGCGAGCCCUUGUUCACUUAUACACUGGAUGAAAAGGUGGACGAGUUGGUGCGGUUUCUUCUCCUCAAAUAUCAAGCGAAGCAGCCUGUCACAAAGGCAGAGAUGGUGACGAAUGUCAUCAACAGGUACACGGGCUACUUUCCUAUGAUCUUCAGGAAAGCCCGUGAGUUCAUAGAGAUUCUUUUUGGCAUUUCCCUGAGAGAAGUGGACCCUGAGGACUCCUACGUCUUUGUAAACACAUUAGAGCUCAGCUGUGAGGGGAGUGUGAGUGAUGAGCAGGGCGUGCCCCAGAACCACCUCUUGUUUCUUGUUCUGAGUAUCAUCUUCAUGAAGGGCACCUGUGCCUCUGAGGCGGUCAUCUGGGAUGUGCUGAGUGGAAUAGGGGUGCGUGCUGGGAGGGAGCACUUUAUCUUUGGGGAGCCCAGGGAGCUCCUCACUAAAGUUUGGGUGCAGGAACAUUACCUAGAGUACCGGGAGGUGCCCAACACUGCUCCUCCACGUUACGAAUUCCUGUGGGGUCCAAGAGCUCAUUCAGAAAUCAGUAAGAGGAAAGUAGUGGAGUUUUUGGCCAUGCUCAACAAUACCGUCCCUAUUUCCUUUCCACCCUCGUACAAGGAGGCUUUGAAAGAUGUGGAAGAGAGAGCCCAGGCCAUAAUUGACAGCACAGAUGACUCCACUGCCACAGACAGUGCAAGCUCCAGUGUCGUGUCCCCCAGCUUCUCUUCUGAGUGAAGUCUGGGGUAGAUUAUUCCCUCUGAGUUUGAAGAGGGCGGUCGAGUUUCUACGUGGUGGAGGGCCCGGCUGAAGCUGGGGAGAACACAGUGCUGUUUGCACUUCUGUUCCAUAUGGGUGGUUAAGGGAUUUACCUGUUUUCCUUUUGGAUAUUUUUCAAAUGCUUUUCCUAUUAAUAACAGGUUUAAAUAGCUUCAGAAUCUUAGUUUACAAAUAUUAGUCACACGUGUAUUGUUAUUUAUCUGGUUUAAGAGUAACAGUUUGAUAUUUUGUAAAAACAAAAACACACACAAACACACCACAUUGGGAAAACCUUCUGCCUCAUUUUGUGAUGUGUCACAGGUGAAUGUGGUAUUGCUGUAGGAAUUUUCUUGAAACUGUGAAGGAACUCUGCAGUUAAAUACUGGAACAAAGUAAAGGAUUGUUAAUAUUUGCAUUUCCUCAGUUCCUUUAGUCUGUUGUUCUUGAAAAAUAAAGAUACAUACCUGGUUUGCUUGAUUUAUGUAAGAAAGUAGCUGAAAGUAAAUUGUAAUAAAUAAAAAUAUCAGUGACUCGUUUAUUUGA